AUGAACCCGAAUACCUCCCUCGUCCCCAUGGACGGCGCCAUGUCGCUGCAGCAGUAUGACGGGACCUCCGACUCCGAUGGCCCGCUGCUGCCUUGGGAUGAGGUCUAUCAGAAGCUCUUGCUGUCUCCCCGUCAUCGUCCGUCAUUUGUCGACGGUCCCCUGGUUACCUCGAAUCUAACAUCAUUGCUCUCGGCCUCCUCAUAUCCCGUUCCUGAAUCCUUCUACGCGCAAGGGCAGCGCGUGCCCGACCCGUAUGCGCAGGUCCCAUUAUAUGGCAACUAUCAGCUCGAUAACCAAGCUCGACAAACCCCCGUCCCUCGCGAGAUCCCCGCACCGCGGCGAAUCUUGUCCGAUCCUACGCCUCCUCCAGAGCCCAAUGAGCUACCAAAGAAGAAACCUAAACGCCAGCGCACCGAGACGACCACCACGGAGGCGUCGGCGAGAAAGCGCGGUCGACCGCGCAAGAACAUGGAGGGUCAGUUGGGCGAGGAUCCGGAAGAACGACGUCGCAUGCAAAUUCGCCUAGCCCAGCGCGCAUACCGAUCCCGUAAGGAAGCCAAUAUUUCAUCCCUCAAAAGUCGCAUCGCUCAGUUGGAAUCGGCUGUCGAGAAGAUGAGUACCACGGUGAUCUCAUUCAGUGACGAACUCGUUCAGUCCGGCGUUUUGGCCUCACAUGCCGAUCUGACUGGGCAUCUGCGUGAGACGGUCCAGACAUGUCUGGAUCUGGCCAAAGAGGCGAGCGAGGAUCACGAUCUUCCCGAAUUGUCGCCUGGUAGCGAGAAGUCGCAGUCUUCGUCCGGACAAAGCACUGGCCACUCCAUCCCCCCGGAGCUAAAGUCGAACCCGCUGUCCCCGGCACUGUCAGAGGUAAAGGACUAUGUGUGCUCUCCGCAUACAAACUCCGAAACUUCGUCGCCGUCGGAGAACAUCGUCAUGUCUCACAUGGAAUUGUCUGCAUUCAUGGAACGCCUGCACAUGGCGUGUCUCUACCAGGCGUAUCUGGUUCUCGCGAACCCUGCAGUUUCGAUGGAUCGUUUGAGACGACCCUUCCGAUUACUCUUCACAGUCAUGGAUCGAACACGCAUGGUAUCAUUCUUCCAGGCUGCGCUACACGCCAAGGUAGGCCAGAGCCGAUUAGACGAGUGGAGAGAAGUCCCUUUCUUCUUUCUGGGUGGUGCGGGAUCACACUAUCCUCGAUCCUCCCCUAAAAAGUCGGCCCUAGAACUGUAUCCACUUCGUUACAACAGAUGGGAAACUGUGCAGGACCCACUGUCCCGUGUCCCGCCAGAGUUCCAAGAGGAGCUGGACGGAGAUUGGUUUGACAUCCAGGACCUCGAGGGGUUCCUUCGCGAAAAGAAUGUGCAGUUGUUCGUUUCUCGGCCGGAAUCAAAGCCGUCGCCACUGUCUAUCAAUGUCACACGUUUCAUACCAGCUUUAAUAAACAAAGCGCUCUGUUUAGGACGCACACCGGGCUUUCGCCGUCGCGACGUUGAAAAGGCCCUUCGCGCCGCAAUGUGGGCUUGA